AAGAGAGAGCGAGAACGCAAGACCGCAAAAAUGUCAGAGAUUGAUGCAAAAGUGAAUAUGUCGCUCGGUAAGUGGCCAGAAUCCCAACAGCUUAACGAUUUUGCCAGUAAUCCUGGGUGAGCGUACAGUUCGCAAGCACAUUGUCCCCUCGAAAUCCCGUACGAACGAAUUGAUGAACGACAAAAUGGCGUCGGCGUACAUGUGAGCACGUAGGGUACCUGCAUUUGUUUUCGCUUGUUACAUCCGGUUCCUCCCCGUCGUGUCUCGUCUCUCCCUGACAAAGGUAGACGAGAGGGUGCAUAAUCUCGACGGGGAUGACUUCUACGAGGGCGCAUUAAACGAAAAACACGCGAGGAUUACGAGAGAGAGAUUUUUUCACGUUCUUGAAGAAGAGAGAUGAGAUCAUAAAGAUGGAGAAAAUGGAGAAAAAGAAAAAGAACGCGGCGAACGGAAAAACCGGCGGUCCCAAGCGCAAUAAUCGCGGUACCAUAAGAAGCCGAGCCGGAUUUAGAGGAAGAGGUGCGAGAAUCAAACGGGGCAACGUCGGGGUCAUCGUGAAGAAACAGCAGCAGCAACAGAUCUGGCAGCGCAACGCGAAUAACACGAAUAACGUUCGCGGUUUCGCUAAGAAUCGCUUCAAAAAGAAUCUCGGCAAUCUCACGAGAUCGCGCAGCAACUUGAGCUUGAACCAGAAAACGAACGCGAGAGGUGCGUUCAAUAUCCGUCGUGGCAGAAACAAUAGAUUCCCCAAUUUGACCCGUAGCAGAAGCCGCACGAACCUGACGUUCAAUCAGGGCGGCUUCUUUACGAACAACAAGAGCCCGUUAAAGAGAACGAGUAGCUUGCCCAAUCUCCGAGAUCCGAAUUCUGUCCACAAUCGUUUAGGAUAUCAAAGUCCCGCUCAGAUCGCCUAUCGGAAUCGCGUGAAACGCGCGAAGCAGCUGCUGCUGCAGAGACAGAACCAGAGACUGAACUUACAGAAUCAAUUCAGAUUGGCACAGACCGGAGCACAGAAGAAUCUACUCACUAUGCAACCAAGGAGCACUUUGGCAAGGCAACAGAUAUUAACAUCGCAGCGUCGCUUCACAACUGGUGGACUACGAUCCGAUCAAAUCGCUCGUGCACAAAGACGGGCGCAGUACGAACAAAAAUUGAUGAGAAUGAACUCUGCCCGAUUGACUCCUACUCCAAAUGUCAAUUUCAUGUGCACGUUGGGAAGCGAAUACACACCUACACCCACACGACCGCGACUACUCACUCUCGCCCCGACUCAACAUAUUGUGCCCAUCGGUGGCAUGCGACAGCUGCCCAGAGGACGAUCACCAUACAGACAAAAUGCUCCGGGUGUAAACAUGGUUGGUCGAGCACCGUUAUUCCGACAACGCUCAAGAUCGAGAUCACGAUCACGUUCAGGGACGCACAAUACGAAUACAUCCGAUUCCAGUGGAGACGUCGACGACCGCAGUUUCAGCGAAGUUAUGUACAGCCUAUCGGGAAAUCUCGGCGUUACAGGGCGAACUCUUAAUGAUCGGUUUAGCUUUUAACUAGUAUAGUCUCGAAAAAUUUACUUUAUAUUCAAAAGCUUAUUGAUAAUCUAUUAUUGAUAAUUUACUGAUAAUAUCUGAAGCAAAGGGAGAGUAAUUUUUUUUUAACAACACAUAGAUUAAAUGUUCUUUUUUUAAACGUUAUAAAUGACAACGCGAUGCGCAUAAUGCAUAAAUUAACAUCUUUACAUUUUUUUUCAUUUAUCUUAAUGCAAAAGUUAAUUUAAAGUAUCGCUUUGUAGCAUUUGCACCAUUACGUGUGUACAAAUACUAUUUGUAGGGAAUAUCAUAAAAAGUAGUACUUUUAUCAGUGUUAUGUAUUAUAAUAAUACAUAAGGAUAGUAUGAGAAGCGAUUUUCAUCUAUCAGAAUUAAAGUAAUCUCAUUUUUUAUCUGUGUGCAAUAACUUUGUAAAAUCUUCAGUAUUUUUUAUUUUAUGAAAUAUAGAAAGGAGAAAAAUGUGUGUGUUAUAUUUAAAUACGUAAAGCAUGCAGAGUGAUUUGUUGAGAUUUCGAUAUUAUAGGAUGAAAGUAAAUCUUGAGUAUAUUACAUUUAAUAAAAUGUAUUUAUAGAUUGCUGAUAUCUUUUGAAUGUACUUUCUUUUUGCUUUAAAAAUAUAUCAAAUCUUGACUACUGGUUA